UGCGGACGGACACGUUACCGAGGUGCACAAGAGCAAAAUUGCUUGAUGGCUGCCAGGCAGCAGACAGUCAACUGUGGUUGUAAAGGCAUCCGAACUUGCCUGCUAUGUGAGGCAAAUGAUGACAAGCGACAACUGCUGAACAAGAAAGACUCGGUACGUUAUGAUUUUACCUAUGAUCAGGAGUCAAAAUUAGCUGUGCCAGUUUGUGGUAAUAUUCAGCAGGCCUUUCCAUUUCCUGGUGUAUUCCUGUGGGAGAACUUUGUUUCUGAGAAAGAGGAAAAAGAGCUGGUCACCCAAAUGGACCAGAACAUUUGGAGAGAGUCUCAGUCUGGACGGCGCAAACAGGACUUUGGACCGAAGGUAAACUUCAAAAAGCGCCGUGUUCGCCUUGGGGGUUUCAGUGGCCUCCCUGCAAUCAGUCAGAAACUAGUGAACAGAAUGACCAAAGAGCCUUUGCUGGCUGAUUUCCACCCGGUAGAACAGUGCAACCUGGAGUACAGCCCCAAACGUGGCUCUGCCAUUGACCCUCACCUGGACGAUAGCUGGCUGUGGGGGGAGCGCCUGGUUACUCUUAAUCUGCUUUCUGACACUGUGAUCACCUUGAGCUUAGAUCAGGGCUGGGGGGACAUGGACCGAGGUGAAGUCAGGGUGGCAGUAAAUAUGCCUCGGAGGUCUUUAUUUGUACUGUACGGUGAGGCGCGCCACCGGUGGAAACACGCCAUUUGCCGAGAGCACGUUCUCGGCCGGAGGGUGUGCAGUACCUUCAGAGAGCUGACCGCUGAGUUUCUGCAUGGUGGAGAGCAGGAGAAGCUGGGAUCAGAGCUGCUGGACAUAGCGUCAAGCUUUAAAGGCGUUCCCGUGUAAAAAUGGUUUCAUCAUGGACGGUCUUGCAGAUUAUUUAUGGAUUCUAAUGUUUGUUUUUAAACAUGAUGCGGUUAAAAUGCAAAUAUUAUAUCAGGAUAAGUAUAUACUUUAUAUUUGCUUCCUUGAAAAAUACAGUAUAUUUAAAAUGAACUGAUUAAGAGAACUGUCAUCUAGCUCUUAACGUGGGAUGUUAUUUCCAGUUUUGUGGGUGACCUCCAAUCUUUUUAUGUAAUUAUCACAUGUCAAACUACCAAUUCAACUAUCCAAUUUCCAUAAACCACUGUUUUAUUUUUAUUCUAAUUUUUAAAAAUGAAUAAAGUAUACCAGUUACUAAA